AUGCUCAGCUUCUACGACAACGACUCCUCUUCCCACCCCGCCGCAGGCAUUGCUAGACCACUGUCCCCCAAACGGCGCAACUUUCAUUCUAGGGCUGGCGGUCCCCCGCCAAGUGCUUGGCGCCGUUCUCCUUACGCCCGGUCGCAGCGGUCUCGGUCAACGGCCAGUUCCCCCACCUUCGCCACCGGGGCUCGACCGAUCAAACCCCUCCCCACACCCGUUGUCACAGCUGGAUACUUCCGAGCCCGAUGUCAGAACCCCUCGGGCGAUGGUGUGCCAGCCCGGGGGUCUGGGAAGGUCGCUUCGAGUGAAAACCCUGCGUUGGCCCAACAGGAGGGGAACAGGGUUGUGCAGUCCACACCUGGCCCACCCCAAGCCCAACCCUCGGCUGCAGCUCAAACCACUGAAAAGAAGUCGCCCACGCUGAGCAAGCGGUCCAUCGACGGAGUUGCGUCGGAAUCAUCUCCCAUCUCCUCGAAGCGAAAGCCAGACUACCGUUAUGAGCUGGAGUGCAAGAUCAAAAAUCUCAGAGCGCACUUGCGUCUUGAGGGCUACAGCGCAGACCGUAUCAGACGCAUUGAGGGACAGGAACGCCAAAUGAAGCAAAAUUCACUUGACAAGAUGGAGUGGCUAAAGCGCAAGGAUGCCGAGCUCGACAGGGAGCAAGAAGCUGUACGCCAGGAAGCUGAAGUGUAUCAGCGGCAUGGGCGUUUGACCGGAGCGGUGCUCCAGGGACUUCAGGCCAGGUUUGAUGCCCGCGGUCGAGAGAAGCACCUCGUGGCCCGCGACCUCGAGACAGCCGAACAGCAGUCCAAGGAAUUUGCUGAGCGCGAGUUCGUAGUGAGCUCCAUUUAUCAGUUUGAAGAGUUACAGCGGGAGGAGGAACGCCUGCGGAAGGAGAAAGCGGAGCAGGACUACCGCUACCGCAUAGAGUUGGAGAGAGACAACGAUCGGCUGAGGAAGAAGAAUAGCCGCAUUGAGGCAGAAAGAGACAGAAUUCAGGGGCUUUACUCAAUACUUUCAGCCGGCCGUCCUACCCGCCUCAUGAACUGGUACAGAAACUUCAUGUCGAGAUGGUCUGCAGCCAAGGACGACAUUGAUCGUCGCUAUCGCAAACUUUUCACGCAACUCUGCCACCCGUUCGAGCCGAUUUACGCCAUGAAAGAGGCUCGCAGAGUUCACCCGUACGGAAGAGAGCCAUUCGAGUAG